ACACAGGGAAACGUCGUUGAUUGCAUGGAAAAUGAUGCGGUAUCACACGGACACCAAUGCAACAUAGAGUACGCAGCUAGUAACAGCCAACAUUAGCCCGAGAUGCGCAAAAGUAACACAAGACAUAAGAACCCUGAUACACCUUUUGCCAUUUUCUGUCUUUCCCUUCUCUUCGUCAGCUGUCUCUGUUCUCUUUCCCUUAAGCAUUGACACGGUAACUUCGUGAACAAUUCAAAAUGUCGUCAGGCGAAAUCAAUCCGAAGGAUGAGUUGCGUUAUGGCGACAACAUAGACGUCCAGCAGUCCGAGAAGGUUGAGGUCUUGGCCAAUGAGGAUCUCCUACACGAUGCCUUCGAUGGCGAGAACCGCGAGCACGAGGAAGGCGUGUGGGAGGCAGCGAAGGGUCACCCAUGGGCCUGCUUUUGGGCGUUCAUUAUGUGCUUCACAAUUGUCAUGGAAUCAUUCGACAUGUUCUUGAACGGUAACUUUGUAGCACUCGGCGCUUUCCAAGAAAGGUACGGUGUCUGGGUUGAAGGAUCCGGUUGGACGAUCGAAACCAAAUGGCAGAGUGCCCUGUUCCAAGCCGGUCAAUGUGGUGCUUUCGUUGGUGUCUUCCUAGCUGGACCCGUCACCAACCGCCUCGGAUAUCGCUGGACUACCAUCUUGGCCUUGAUUCUCAUGAACGCCACGAUUUUUAUUUCGUUUUUUGUAAGUCUCCUCGCCGAUUCGCUUGCUGUUCUCACAGUUGGACAAGCAUUGGAAGGUAUUCCAUGGGGUUUCUUCAUUGCAAACGCCCCUGCAUACGCCAGUGAGGUUGUUCCACUCGCCCUUCGAGGUGCCUGCACAGCUACUCUGCAGAUGAGUUGGUCUAUCGGUUCAAUUAUCGUCGCUGGUGCCACCUAUGGCUACAACAAGCGUACCGAUGAAUGGGCUUGGCGAGUACCUCUCGCCCUGCAAUGGCUUUUCCCUACCCCUCUCUUGAUUCUGGUCUUCCUUGCUCCCGAGUCACCUUGGUGGCUCAUUCGUCGUGGACGCAAAGAAGAGGCCCUUCGAUCCAUUGAGCGUCUCGGAAAUAAGAAAGCAGGAAAUUCUCAACAGGCACUUGCCAUGAUGGAGCGAACUGUUGAGAUUGAAAGGAAAAUGGGUGGCACCCCCACACUUCUCGACCUUGUCAAAGGUACCGACUUGAGGCGAACAAUCAUCACUUGUUUGAUGUACGCGUCACAGAACUUUGCCGGUAACUUGAUUGCCAACCAAGCAACUUUCUUCUUUGAGCAAGCUGGAAUCUCGCCCGACAAGGCUUUCCAGCUUAACUUGAUCAAUUCGUGUCUGCAAUUCGUUGCCAACAUACUCUCUUUGCCCUUGACGGCUUGGUUCGGUCGUCGAACCAUCUACCUCUGGGGAACAGUCACCAACAUCACUUUUCUCAUAAUUCUUGGCAUCUGUGCCUCCAUCCAACAGUCCACGGCGACCAACUACGCCCAGGCCGUCCUAGGAAUAAUCAUCUCCUUCGUAUAUGCCGGAGCCCUUGGCCCAGUUUCAUAUACCAUCAUUUCCGAGACGUCUUCCGUUCGUCUCCGUGCUCUGAGCACUGGUGUCGGCCGUGCCGCGUACUACGUCGCGGAAAUCCCCAUGAUCUACCUAGCUUCCCAGAUGCUCAACCCGACGGGAUGGAACCUUGCAGGCAAGUGCGGCUAUAUCUGGGGAGGUACGGCCGUCGUCUGCGCUGUAUCGGCGUACUUUGGCCUUCCUGAGCUCAAGCACCGCUCAUACCGUGAAAGUGACAUCCUGUUCAACCGCAAGAUCUCCGCCAGGAAAUUCAAGUCGACUGUCAUCGACGUCAAGGACAAUGAGUAA